GUUAGACUUUAUUGUAGAUGAAUUCUGUUGUAGGUGACACCAAGAAGUUAUUUUAUCAUUUCACAUGUUUCGGCUUUUUUUUAUCUUCUUGUCUUAUCUUUCAGAAAUGAAUAUUAUCACAACUUAGCCUAAACCUUCCUGGGGAGGGGGACGUUCGAACCCGCGACCUUCCAGACGACAGUCCAGAACGCAUACCACAGGAUCAGGCAACCAUCCUCACUGCUUAGAAAUUAGUUUUGCUUCUUUAUUAGCAAUUUUGGAAUGCUUGUAGAGAUUUAAGGCUAGCGUUGGCUUUGUGAGGCAGGUGUGACCUCUUUUUUUUUUGUCUAUGUAAGUUUCCAUCUGUGUAUAUUUCGCCUCUGCACCUUAUGCCUACAUUAUUUAUAACAUCUUGCCUGUCACGGCAUUGUCACGUGACUUGCAUUUCUGGAUUUGAAAAACAUUGUAAUAAAUGUUAUGCAACAACCAGAUCCUAAUUUUAAAACACUCUUUAACAAGGUAAACUAGUGGAGAGCUCUGUGAAGGGAGGAUACCACAAUUAUAUCUAACAUUUAUUUUCGAACAUUAACGACCGGACAUGCAUAUCUCGCUUACGGCUGAGGUGGCGCCUUGCAACCGUACUGACGUCAUAGCGGUCCUCGCCAACAUAACGUCAGGGGCGCAGGACGACGAGAAGAGAAAGGCGUACGAUCAUGAGGGCGCCAUGGAGUUCAUCGUAGCCACUCUGUUGGUUUACUGCCUCCUGGGGAUAUCUGGUCUACUUCUUCUGAGGGUCAGGCGGCGAGCUUCCAGAAGUCAAAGGACUGUCACUCUAAGGGAAGAGCACAUUCAAGAAUACAUCAAACACGCUGAUGAGCUCCGACUGUCCGGAUACAGAGAUAAACUCAUGAUUGAAACCCGCAGAAUGAUGUCACAGAUUGAGACGAUAGAGCGAAGAAAAAGUGAAACAACCAAUGCUUUUGAAGUGAGUUUCCAGGAAGAGUGCUCUGCCCUUAACAGCUACACUUACGAUGCUGCCGUCUCUUACCAUCAGAUCGCCAGGCCAAAGUUCGACUUGGGAGACCCUGGAUCUUCCCCAACGGAUACGACGCCCCUGAUCAAGACGGGGAGGGGAGAAGAAGUUCCGGGGGAGGAGGAUUCUUCCAACGACGACAUGACUUCUUUGAAUUGCGGAUCUUCAUCCCGGGAGUUCCAUGACUAUAACAAGGCAAGAAGAACAGACAUUCUGGAGCAAGUCAUUGGCGAAGAUGGAGAACUGAAUGGAAUGGGUAUCUCCGACGAGAUCAAUGAUAUGGAUUCUGAAAUAACUCUAGUUAAUGACAAUGCUUGUAGGAUGGACCAUAGUGUCAGCCAAAACACAUUUUCACCAAUGGACCAUGAUGUCAGCCAGAACAAAUUUUCACCAAUCGACCAUGGUGUCAGCCAGAACACAUUUUCACCAAUCGACCAUGGUGUCAGCCAGAACACAUUUUCACCAAUCGACCAUGGUGUCAGCCAGAACACAUUUUCACCAAUCGACCAUGGUGUCAGCCAGAACACAUUUUCACCAAUCGACCAUGGUGUCAGCCAGAACACAUUUUCACCAAUGGACCAUGAUGUCAGCCAGAACAAAUUUUCACCAAUCGACCAUGGUGUCAGCCAGAACAAAUUUUCACCAAUCGACCAUGGUGUCAGCCAAAACACAUUUUCACCAAUGGAUCAUGGUGUCAGCCAGAACACAUUUUCACCAAUGGAUCAUGGUGUCAGCCAGAACACAUUUUCACCAAUCGACCAUGGUGUCAGCCAAAACACAUUUUUAAACAAUAACACAAACAACCUAAACACAAUGUCACGACCCAGAAGAGUUAACUUCCUGGCCGUUGACCAGACCUAGCACAUGUUUAAAUCUCUUCGUUAUCUGAUAUCUUUACACGCCUUAUCGAACACGUAUUCACAUCGAACCUGCCCUUUCAGUGCCGGCUUAAGCAUGGCAUAAUGUGUGGAACAUACUGUCCUGAAUUGAACUGAACGAUACAUCGAUCUAGCCGGUUGAUGCGUGUUACCACUGUAAGGUCGAUACAAAUGACAGACAACUGUAAACACAAACUGUAAAGUAAAAUAAUUCAAAGCAUUUCUUCGACCAUCAAUACGCUUAUGGAGAACUAGCUUAACCUAUUAGUUUCAUAAGAUAAGUGCCUUGUAUCUAAGAACUGUAAAAAAAUGCGUUAUGCCUACAAUGAUUAUUUGAUGUUGUCGUGCAAUUUUGUUGUGCAUAUAAAAUGUAGAGUUUAAUAAAACAGGAAAUGACGUCAUGUUACGUUAACUUUAUAUAUUUCCUAUGUUUAAAUAAAAUAUCUACAUAACAUAAUGAAAAGGAAUCGUCUUGAAGUCCAAAGUGUAAGAGAAAGAACAAGUAUUCUUACGCGGUUACCAACUUGAUUGGAAUCUGCGAGGAAGGAGGACAUUUAAAUAGAAAAAAAUAGUUCCCCUUUCAGAACUUGUGUUCUACAGGUCAGAUGAUGUAAAGGUCAUCUGUUUCUGUGGCCCACGGUUAUCGAGGGUGUCAUGUGGCCAGCACAACGACCAACCACCUUUACCUUUGUCUAACUAAUGUCAGGUACCCAUUUGUAUUUCUUAUACAUCUUCUACAUUUGGUUCUUCUUCUUCUAGCCAGCUUUAUUGCUGCUGAGCUGUGAGCUCUUUUGCAGACUGUGCCAAGGAAAAAAAAGUGUGCUGUUUUCUGCAGUUGUUCAACACUGCCGUACAGAGUGUUGGUUAUGUUGGGCUGUAGUGGAAGUGGGGUCUGCCUAAGGUGGAUUAGGGAGGGGCAUUCAUAGAGGAUAUGGUUUACAGUUUCAAAGGGGUGGGCGCAGUGUCUGCAAAGGGGGAGUUGUGUGGAGUUAAAAUGUCUAAAAGAGGAAGACUUGCAAUAAAGAUUUAAUUUUAACUGGAAGUUUCAAUACAUUUGUAAUACAAUUCACAGAGAGACACUGAUAGAGGCACAUUCCUCGUUCCAUAAGCUAGGACAAAUUUGUGUAAAUGCUUUUCUUCCCUAGUGCUAGUAGAGCAUGGAAAACCAGUGACUUAGCAGAAAUUAGGUCACUGGUUAAUAUGCAUAACUAAAUGCAUGACGGGUAGAAUGCAAUCAUCUUUUUUUGAAUUAACGUCUGUAUUAUAUAAGAUGGGAUAUGGUACUUAAUUCAGGGGACAAAAAUGUGAUAUUCGUAGUUAAAAGUUACAGGUCUGAGGUUAUCUCCCAUGUGGUAAAUAAAAGCUUUUAUGAUAUUGAUCUUAAUAUGAUACAAUAAAAAAAA